AUGGUCAGCUCAGAGAUGCACAGUGGAGAGCAGGACUACUCACAGUCCUGCUCUCCACUGUGCAUCUCUGAGCUGACCAUCAUGUCUUUCUACUCCACCAAGGCAUCCAGCACAUCUCCCAGUAUGCUUUCUGGCACAAAGACCCUCAGUGUGUAUGGAGGAGCCGGGGGCCGUGGCACCCGCAUUUCCUCCAGUAACGCUGGGCUGCUGUCCCGUGGUGGGAGCUUCAACCUGGCCGAUGGCCUCGACCUACACGUGUCUGCCAACGAGAAGGCCACCAUGCAGAGUCUGAAUGACCGCCUGGCCAGCUACCUUGAGAAGGUGCGCUCCCUGGAGAUGGAGAAUGCCAGGUUGGAGAAGCAGAUCAGGGAGUGGUACGAGAGUCGCACAGUGGUCACCCAUGACCUGGCCGGAUUCUAUGCCACCAUCGAGGACUUGAAACGCAAGAUCCAUUUGGCAUCCAGUAUCAAUGCUAAGAUUGUGCUCGACAUUGACAAUGCCAAGCUUGCCGCUGAUGACUUCAAGAUGAAGUUUGACAACGAGCAGUCCAUGAGACUGGCUGUGGAGGCAGACAUCGCAGGCCUGAGGAGAGUUCUGGAUGAACUCAACCUGAACAGAUCAGACCUAGAGAUGCAGUAUGAGGCACUGAAUGAUGAGAAGAUCACCAUGAGAAGGAACCAUGAUGAGGAGAUGGCUCAUGUGCGGACACAGAUCGGUGGGCAGGUGAACGUGGAGGUGGACGCAGCUCCCUCCAUGGAUCUCAACCAGGCCAUGGCAGAAAUUCGGGAGCACUAUGAAGCUGUGGCAGCCAAGAACCGCAGAGACUUGGAUGUCUGGUACCAGGGCAAGGUGGCGACAGUAGAGCAGGAAGUUGUUCAGCAGAACGAAAGCCUGCUGAUCAGCUGCACAGAGCUGAAAGAACUAAAGAGCACCCUCCAGAGGCUUCAAAUUGAGCUGCAGUCCCACCACAGUAUGAAAGCAUCCUUGGAGGGGACCUUGGCAGACACCCAGGCCAGCUAUGCAGCGCGACUGGCUGGCCUGCAGCAAACUGUGACCAGCCUGGAGGAACAGCUCACGCAGAUCCACGCAAAUAUUGCUAACAACAGACUGGCCUAUGACCAGCUCCUUGACCUCAAGACCCGGUUGGAGAUGGAGAUUGCAGAGUACAGGAGGCUGCUGGACGGAGAGGAGAGCUCAUCUCAAGUCGUAACCAAAGUGAUCACUGUGGUGCAAACAGUUGUGGAUGGGAAAGUUGUGGAGAGCACUAAAUCCGUGGAAGUUGAUGACUUUGAACCACAGCAAUAAAAUGUCCUGUUUGCUUCAUAACUGGCAGUAUGAACUUACAUUUUUUUGUCUGUGUGUUUUGUGAAAUUCCCUCUUUCCAUCUACCACAUUACAUACAUUCUCUACAGA